GCGGCGGCGGGGACGACUCGCUAAGAUUUUUGAGAGCCGUAAGGCAAACACCUCAACUACUAUAAUCACGUUGGCCCAGCCAACACCUCGUAAAGGACUUACGGCAAACACCAACUCACAGCUCGCACCCUCCAGAAACACUGGGGCCUCCCAGCCCCUCCCGGGAUCCUUUGCGCCGCGCACCAGAAAGCCGUGGCGUGCUUUGGCUCGGAAGGGCCGCCGUGGGCUCUGGGUUGCUAUGGAAACAUAGCUACCCUCACUAUGUCGUUGCAACGGACGCCUCCGUCGCGGGUAUUCGUGGAACUGGUUCCCUGGGCUGACCGGGGCCGGGAGAACAAUGCGGUCUCGGGCGGUGAGGCGCUGCCCGGCCUCCGCCGCCCCGUCUCCUCGGCACAGGCCCAAAGCGCGACCCGCGAGGUGCACGUAAGCGGCACCGCGGAGGUGUCUGCGAGCCCUGACCGCGCGCAGGUGGCGGUGCUAGUGAGCAGCACCAAGGAGGCAGCGGCUGAGGCCAAGAAGAGCGUUUGCCGCCGCCUGGACUACAUCGCGCAGAGCCUCCAACAGCAGGGCCUGCAGGCAGAAAAUGUAACUGUGACAAAGGAUUUUAGAAGAGUGGAAAAUGCUUAUCACAUGGAGGCAGAGGUCUGCAUUACAUUUACUGAAUUUGGAAAAAUGCAAAAUAUUUGUAACUUUCUUGUUGAAAAGCUAGAUAGCUCUGUUGUUAUUAGCCAACCCCAGUUCUAUCAUACUCCAGGUUCUGUUGAGAAUCUUCGACGCCAAGCCUGUCUUGUUGCUGUUGAGAACGCAUGGCGCAAAGCUCAAGAAGUCUGUAACCUUGUUGGCCAAACUCUAGGAAAACCUUUAUUAAUCAAAGAAGAAGAAACAAAAGAAUGGGAAGGCCAAAUAGAUGAUCUCCAGUCAUCCAGACUCUCAAGUUCAUUAACUGUACAACAAAAAAUCAAAAGUGCAACAAUACAUGCUGCUUCAAAAGUAUUUAUAACUUUUGAAGUAAAAGGGAAAGAGAAGAAAAGAAAAAACCUCUGAAAUUCCAACCAAAAUGUUUGUAUAAUUUUAUUUUUAUACUUUUUAUGUUUGUUUUUGUCCUGAAAAUAUAUAUUGUGUAGUAUAUAGUAUUUCUCCCCAAAAUCUGUCAAUCCUGGAAUACAGUCCCACAAAUAGCUAAGUUUACUUUCUAUUUUUAAAAACUUACUAUGGAAAAUGCUCUGAAAAUAAAUGUGUUAUACGUGCACAAUUAUAUACUGAUAAUAUAAGUGAUGUAAGAAAUUUUUAUAUUUCUACUACAGGAAUAAAUAUUGGCAGUUAUUAGCAUGAUUCUUAACACUAAUAGAAAGGAUAAGGAACACCUAUCUUUUGAUAAAAGGGUAGUGAGGUAUACUAGGAAAAUAUUUUGAUGCCAGAAAUAAAAUAUAUGGAACAGAUCCUCUUCACCAGAAUCCUAUGAUUAUAUAAGCAUUCUCCAAUACAAAUAAAGACAAGCCACAUAUGUAACUUAAAACUACCUAGUAGACAUGUAUAAAAAAAGUAAAAUGUAAAAAAUUUUUAAAAAGCAGUUAGAACUAAGUUUAAUAUUUUAAUCUAAUAUGUCUAAAAUACUAUAAUUUCAGCAUAUAAUCAGUAUUUUAAAAAUAAUGGAUAUUUAUAUUUUUUAUACUAAGUUUUCAAAAUAUGUACACUUUAUGUUGUAACAAAUCUUAAUUCAGAUGCUAAGUUUUCAUCAGAAAUGCUUGAUCUGUAUUUCCUAAAAUGUAGUUGAAAAACUAGAUUCACACACACAGGUUGUUCCAGACAUGCUUAAAAGAGCUAGGUAGCAAUUUUCAAAUUAAAAGUUUUAAAAAUUUAAAAUUCUGUUCCUUGAUUGUAUUUACCACAUUUUAAGUUCUUGAAAGUGGUUAAUGGCUACUGUGUGGGACAGUGCAUGAUUUUACACUGAGAUAAUAAUGAUCCUUAAGUCUAUUUGAGAUGUAGCAGCAAGUACAAUGCAUCGCUAUUGCAUUGCACAUUAUCUACAGGUGUUCAUAAGCCAUGACUGUUGUUACUUAGCAUAGGUUUCCCAUUCCCCACCAUAAAGCUGUAGGUCCUAGGGUUUUUCCUCUGACCUAUCUCCAUACUCAUAUACCAAUAUUUUUUUCCUAUAGCACACUCCAGGAUGUAGUUUAUAUCCGACCACUUUCUUAAGUGGCACUGAAAUAGUUUUAUUCAUCUCCUCUGUUGUGUCCUUGGCAGGAGGGAAUGUGAAAGCUACGAAGAAAAGUUUUAGAAUCCAACACCCUGUGUUCAAAUCUGACUUUACUACUACUACAAUGUAAGCUCCUUUAAAAUGAAGAUCCUAUGUGGUUCACAGCUGCAUUCCCAGACCCAGCAUAGUGUCAGGGCCAACACAGAGCAGGCUCUCAAAUAAUCUGCUGGGCAAAUUUACCAGAUCUGUAAACUUCGCAAGCAAGGCACUUUGAUGUCUUUAAGCUUCUCUUUCCUCACCAAUAAAAUGAGGCUAAAUACCUACCUUGCAAUGUUACUAUAAGGAUUAAAGUUGAUAAAUACAAGACCAUAAGAAUAAUGCCUCGCACACCAUAGCUGUCACUUAAUAAACAGUAGUCAUUAUAGCAACUGCAUUCUUUGAUUACUGUCAACUCAACUAAAAGUUGGCUCUCCCAAGUCUUCCAUAUUAAGAUAGAUUUUUAAAUAUAUGAAAAAUAGCAUUAUCACAAAACCAGUUUAGGAUAUGUUUUUAUUUCAAAAAGGGCUAAAUAAAUUAUAUUUUAGCUUUUAUUAAUCCAGUUGGAUAGAAAAACAUAUUGGGACUGAACAACAACAAAAAAUUGUGGGACACCUGGGUGGCUCAGCGGUUGAGCACCUGCCUUCUGCCCAGGCUGUGAUCCUGGAGUCCCGGGAUGGAGUUCCACAUUAGGUUCCCUGCACGGAGGCUGCUUUUCUCUCUGCCUAUGUCUCUGCCUCUCUCUCUGUGUGUGUCUAAUGAAUAAAUGAAUAAAAUCUUUACAAAAAAUUGUUUAUGCUCAAUAAAAAUUAUGUGGGUAGGUUUUUUUUUAGCUAUAGCUUCAUUAUAUGGUUUCAUCAUAUUUGGUAAACAAAGUUCAGCUUACAAUGAAAUACCUAAAAACAAAUUCUAAGUUACCAAACACUUUUUAGAAUUUACAGGAAUUUUUAAAGAUAGUGCUUUAAAAAAAAAGAAAAACUUGUAAAAUGAGCAGUCCUGCAAUUCUGUAGAGUGGCUAAGAGAAAAAAAUCGUUAAAGAUUGGACUGGUUUAGGUAUGACAUACCAUGUGCUCAAGACUAAGAGUAUCAGAUUUAGUAGUCAGUUGGUAGCAGUUUAAUUUCUGACACAUGGCAUAUACUAGCAUCUCACAAUGACUUAGGGGACCUGUGCCACAAAGCCUGCUGGGAAAAGCCUAUCCCAAACUUAACCCUGACAAAAUUUCUUUAUUAUUCUGAACCGCUUUUUAAAAAAAUCCUUCCAGAAAGCAGCAAAUUAUAUUUGCUGUUUUCUGAAAGAAAAAAAAAAUUUCCCAUUUGGGUAUCUGAAAUAGACCCACUAUACUCCAAACAUCUUUGUAAAAGGAAAUACUAUUAAGUAAAUUUUCUUAAUAUUACUGAUAAAAUUUAGGAUUCUAUUCAGUUACAUGGUAAAGAUUACAUUUUUUAUAGUAGCAAUAUACCUUAUUUUUAAGUAUCAGUGUUCUUGACAGUUAAUUUUAGUUCAAUGUAAAUAAAUAAGACCUAGAAAAAUAGUUUGUAACUUAAGAUGCUUUGCUUCAUACCCCAUAAUCAUUAUUAUGUCCUCAGGAAUGUAGGUCGAGGAUGCCCUAAUUCUGUCUGACUUGUUGAUAAGAACUUGAUAGCAAGGAAUUCUCCUCACUGGCCUAAAAAUAUAAAAACAUGAAUUACAAGGUCAAAUAUGGGAGUUAAUAUAUUAUUAUCUACAUUACAAAAUUGUAUGGGAGGCAAAUGCUUUACUACUCAUUCCCAAAAAAGCCCACUAUAUUAAUUAGUUUAAAAUAACAUUUACUAUUUUUAUGCAUAUUGUAUUUAUAACCAAAUAGCUUCUCAUAAUCUAAUGUGGCCUAAAUUAAUAUGUUCAGUUUUGUUUAAAACACUAGAAUUCAGUGGCUAAUCCAAGCCAAACACUGCUCUCAGGAUAAUAGAUUUUUUUCAAGAGGAAUGAUUUAUGCUAUUUUAUUAGAAGAAUAACACUUUUUAUAACCUGUUUAUCAGGAUAUUUCUGUCUCAGCGACUCUUCUGGAGCUCUGGCUUCAGCAUCCCAACCAACAGUUAUGCCCAGUUAGCCACAUUCCUUGUGGAUGAUCACCAAUCCUACCUCAAAACAGUUUCCACCCAGCCUUAGUUUCCAUACUAAAGGAUGAAAAGCCUAGGUGGCUGGAGAAACUGCUAAUCUAAAUUAUCCUAAAAACAGUUAAAUCCCUAAAUUAAAAAAAAAUUUUAAAAUAUCCUUCAAAUAUCAAUGUUACUUACCAUCUGAUGGGGGUGGGAUGUGUGCCUGUAUUUUAAAAUACAAAGUUUCUGUCACUCAUCCUCUGCUUCCUUUCUGCAGACAAUUUUGGGUGAAGAGUUCAAAAACAGAGUAAUAGCUCCAAUAGUACACACACAUCAGGUUUACACUGAUCCCAUUAAUUACAUACUAAUUAUGUUUCACCUGUCUUUACACAAGACUAUGAACUCCUUAACAGCAGGGCUAUAUCUUAAAUAUUUCUUUUCCCAGUAUCUCCAGCUAAUAAAAGGCUAAGAAGAGGAAAAGUUGGCUGGCAGAUAUUUUGUUUUAUUCCCUAUCAGAGGGAUAGCAUUUAUAGCAGAGUACUUGAAUGCUGGUACACAUAGAAGUAGGGAAGGAAGAUGCAAAGCACUGAUUCCAGAAUGUAUGUUCAAAAUGUUUGCAUAUUUUAAAUGCAUAUUUUAAACUAAAUGGGUAUAUACUUUAAUUCCUCCAAAGCUUAGCUUUCUCAGAAAAGUCUGUGACUAUACAACAACAAAUAUUUUAUUGUCUAAACUAGUCUCUUAAAUUAUUUCAGAACCUAUACUCACUUUAAGCUUACAGAUCAGUGUGUAUCUCUGCCUUUCAUCCCUUGGCACAACCGAGUCAUUAUCACUUGUGCCACACAAACCUCACUGAUAGGACAUAACAUACUGCUCAGGGAAAGUUGGCUUUUGAAAUUCUAAUUGCAACCACUGUAAAACUGCAUCUAAUAAAUUUAGUUAACUUAGAACUUUUAAUAAACAGAUGCUUAAAUUGAAUUUGUUUCCAUUAGCAUUAUUUUACUUUCAAAGCUAUUUUAGAAAAUCAUAUUUAUAUCUGAUAGCAGUAAUGCAUUUGUAACUCAUACAAAAAGUUUUUAUGCUUUUUACCUUUUACUGAAUCAGUCAUAUUUAUUGUAAUUCCAUUUAAAAAGAAUUAGUACAACGAUUCAAAUAUAUCAACUCUAGCCCAACUAAGUAAAUAACAUCAAAAGAAAAUUUUUCUUAGUUUAUGCUAAAUGAAUCAUGGAAAGUCUAAGAUAUUAUAUUCUAUAUUGGAGUGGGGGUAAGGUAUAAUUAACUCAAUGUUGAAUCUCAACCAAAUAAAAUACAAAAUUAUUUUCAAUAUAUCAAAUAUUUCACUUAGUUCAGAACCUGUAAGAUAAGCAUGAAUUUCUUUUUCAUCGUCAUUGUACCUAUUUCAAAAAUGAUAAAAAUGCAGUAAUUAUAAACUGAUGUGUCUUUGUGAAGAAACCAAUAUGAAUAUGCAGCAGAAACCUUUAAAAAAUGUAUUUGCACAGGCAGCCUGGGUGGCUCAGCGGUUUAGCGCUGCCUUCAGCCCAAGGCCUGAUCCUGGAGACCUAGGAUUGAGUCCCACGUCAGGCUCCUGCAUGGAGCCUGCUUCUCCCUCUACCUGUGUCUCUGCCUCUCUCUCUCUCUCUCUCUCUCUCUCUCUGUCUCUCAUAAAUAAAUAAAAUCUUUAAAAAAAACUAUUUGCAAACCACAGAGGUCAGCAUAUAUCUGAGGAAUGACUAUUGGUUUCAUUUUGUAGAAGUGAGAUUUCACCAUAUUCUAAAAUGUUACUACUCUUAAACAUUACAUUCAUCUAAAAUAUUCAGUUGUGGGGAUCCCUGGGUGGUUCAGUGGUUUAGCACCUGCCUUCGGCCUGGGGCAUGAUCCUGGAGAUCCAGGAUCGAGUCUCACAUUGGGCUCCUUGCAUGGAGCCUGCUUCUUUCUCUGCCUGUCUCUCUGCCUCUCUCUCUCUCUGUGUGUGUGUGUC